AUGUUUCAGCUCUAUUUUUUAGUGACGCUGUUACUUACACUCGCAAUGGGAAAGGAUGUCAGUGAAGACGAGUUUAACAGAGAAAUAAUUUGUGGUGACAAGAAGUGGGACUCAUACAAUGAAGAAUGCGACGGAACCCCGAACUGCACUGAAGACUGUUUAUGCAAAGACGGGUAUACCCCAGACCAUAAAGGGGGGUGUAUCAUAUCAUGUAUGUAUGGUGAUGCUUGCAAGACUGGAUGUCUUCUUCCUGAUGUCUGUGAGAUAUGUGAUACAGAAAAAGGAUAUACGUCCGAUUGCCAAGGAUGUGAUGAUGACCACAUGUGGUAUGGUGAAGGCCUUUGUAAAAAGGUCAACCCAGAAACUGAUGUCCUUGGGUGCGGCGAUUUCUUUGAAUCUGCGCAGUACAAAGCACUCACCGACGAAGAGAAAAAGAGUUAUGAAAUCGACCUUGGCUCAUUGAUCGAAGGUGGAAGUGUAACAGUGAAGACACUGAACUCAACACAAUUGUUCAUCAACAGAUGCUCCCGAUACGUCCACCCAACAAAGCCAUAUACAUACGGACAAUACCUGAAAAUCAAAUUACCAGAGUCUUCUGCCAGCACUUAUGUCUCGAUAGAGCUUGAGAAGAGGUACAGUAGAGACGACUUAGUUUUGGCUCAAUUACAGGAACAGUUAGAAGGAACGGAGUAUGGAAUAGUCAUUCAAGAAGAUUGCUUAACUGGGUUUCUCUUGAAGGAGAAAGUGAACUGUUUAUAUAGAAAUGGUGGGUUGAGUGAAUAUGUGUUGUCGCCUCGUGUAGUGACUUGGAUAGUUUCUGGAACAACGCAGUACUUAUUUAUUCACUCGAAGUACGCUGCUGCUCCGAUGAAGGACUUUACUAUAUAUUUCACUGCUAUGGUACACCCGUGCAGCACCAAUUUCAAUGAAAUUGAUUGGAAUGAUAUAGCUGGGAAUGGGUAUGCAAACACUUUUAAUCUUGAGCACACUAUCAACUCAAGGUCAAUUUGCUCAAAGGACUUGGUCAAAGGGUUUUGGUUCAAAAUUAAGGGCGCAAGACAAACAAUUUUGAUAUCGACUUGUAAUUCGGAGAACUACGAUGUUUCUCUUGACUUGAUUGGAGUAGCUGCAGAUAAGACAGGGAGCGUGAACUGUGAGUCUUCGACGGAAGCGAAGUGCAUCAAGUCAAGAAGUGAUGGGUGUGGUGCUGAUUCCAAGUUGUCUAAAAUGGUAGUGACGCUUGACGAGAACUACACGUAUUACUUGUAUCUUGGAAUUAAUGAAGAGUACUCGGCAGAGAUCAAAUUGGAAGUCAACACGACAUGUCCAUUGGAUUGUGGUGAACAUGGGAUAUGCUCUUCAUAUUCUGGGAAAUGCGAAUGUUUCACUGAUCAGUUCUAUAUCUACAAAGACGGUGGAUGCACAUUGUGUGGCAAUGGAAGAUUGGAUCCAAAUGAAGAGUGUGAUUUGAGUGUGCCGGGGUACGAGGAUUCGCAGUGCACUGCGUCGUGCAACUGCGCGUAUGGGACCGAGAAAAUGCCGAUUGGUGGAGUGACGAAGUGUGCUGUCCCGACUUGUGGCGACAACAAGAUAGAUAUCUACGAAGAGUGCGAUGGCGGACUUGGAUGCGACCAUUGUGUUUGUGUCAAUGGCACGACGAAAUAUGCCAAGGCGCGACUCGACUGUAUUCCCGCGACUUGUGGGAAUCGCAAGUGGGAUGAAGGAGAAGAGUGUGAUGGAGGCGAUGGAUGCAUCGAAUGUGAGUGUCAAGAUGACUACUUUGGUCAUAAACAAGCCGACUGUACAAGACUCUCACCGGCAAUGACUAAUUUCUUGUUUUGGGGUAUAGGAGCGAUAGUGUAUAUGGUCAUGUAUAUAUUGGGUGUUAUUAUAUGUCUGACUAUGCACUACUUGUUGACUAAAAAGAUCCGACAGGACAUUGAUAGUGCGAAGAUGGUCAUUUUUGAAAACACAGUCAUUCCAUUUGAUAAGACUAACUCGCAAUAUAUUGAUAUUAAUGGAAAGGAGAAUCCAUACUUCAAAUUCACACCAAAGAUUAUCGACUUUGGUGAUAAGAGACCGGAGAUUAACGAACCAGUGUCGACGGAAGUCACCUUGAAGAACACGUGGAAGGAUCCGAUGCACUUCACAUUCCAUGCUGGAGAUUACACGAAGUAUGAAAUCAUGUGUAAACCAUUUACUGGGACUAUUCGAUCUGGAGAAGAAGUAGUUUUGAAUAUCACGUUCAUGGCGAAGUGCACGACAGUGUUGAAUGAGAAGGUACCAAUCACAAUUCGAUAUGGACAGUUACAGAAUAUCAUGAAAGAUAUUAAAAAGGCGAAUCCCGACUUGAUUGCGCACAACUCACAGUCUUCGCAAAAUUCCGAAAAUGCGGACAACAAAUCGAAAUCGUCUGACAAAUCAGCGUCACAAAAGAACUCGCAGAAGAAAGGAAGUCAGCCCUCCAAAUCGAAGAGUACUCCGAGUGGCUCGGGGAAGUCGAAUUCAGAAGACUCGAAGAAGAAAAAGAAGGGGAAGUCGAGAGUGUCGAAGUUCCACAUCUAUUUGAACUUACAAGUUGAGUCUGCGUUGUCGACGAAACUUGAUUAUGAAGAAAUCCAUUUGCAACACCCCCCCAUUGGAGGAGGAACAUUUGGUAUUGUCUACAGAGCUGAAUGGAGACGAGUCGAUGUUGCAGUGAAAGUGAUGAAGACCGAUUUGGUUGGGUUAGCCGAGUUGUUACCCAAUUUCAUGCAAGAAGCUGAGAUGAUGGAGCGUAUCAGAUGUCCAUAUAUCGUCAAUUUCAUUGGAAGUGUAGUGACGACUGAUACGUUGUGCUUAGUCACUGAGUUCUGUCCAUUGGGGUCACUGAGGAAAUUCAUGAAAACGAACGCUCUUACUGAUUUGCUUAAGAUCCGAUUCUGCCAAGACAUUGCAAGAGGUAUGGAGUAUCUCCAUCAGAACGACAUCUUGCAUCGCGAUUUGAAGACGGACAAUGUGUUGGUCUACUCGAAGAAUCCGCAUGACCCAAUCACUGCUAAAGUCACUGAUUUUGGUACGUCACGAUCAUUCAUAGAGUCAUCCGGGAAGAUUGCACUUCAACAGAUUGGUACGCCCGUGUAUAUGGCGCCCGAGAUUUCGAGAAAAGACCAGAUGACGUUAAAGAGCGAUGUGUUCUCGUUUGCGAUUUGUAUGUUGGAGAUCUGGCUUGGAAGCGAUCCAUAUCCCCCAGCCAAAUUCCCCGAUUCGGACUCUAUUAUUCGAUUUGUUGGAGGGAAUAAACGACUUGAAAUUCCUGACGACUGUCUACUCAAAGAUAUCAUUCAGCAGAGCUGGAAACAUAAGGCGAGUGAGAGACCAAGUUUCAAGGAAGUUGGUGUGAUGCUCGAUGGUGUGUUUAAAAUCAUCAAUAAAGACGCGAAGUCGAGUUCGAAUAAAGAACACUCGGGAUCAACGAAUACUCAUACGAAGGAUAAAAGCAUCUCCGAAUCCACUGAGAAGAAAACAGAAACGACAACGAACACUGCGACACAAGACGAGAGUAUGGAGGCAUCAAUGUCAUCACGAGCAGGCGCUGAAGACGACUAA